GUCUAAUUUGACGUUACAUUUGUAAAUUUGUAAACGUAAACAAGACAUUAAUUUUAUUAUUUUGAUCUUUUAAUAAUGACAAAGUACUUAUAAAUUCUUAACCAAACUUUGCCUUUUAAGAAAUUUAAAACUUUAGGUUUUUAAUGAAAUCUGUUUAAGCCAAUAUUCCAGUGGUGUAAAUGUGUAUUUCAGUAUCGGAAGAUUACCGGCCUCUUAACAACGUUUUAUCGUUUCUGUCUUUAUCGUCGUUAAUGGUAAUAGUAAAACCUGUUAGAUAAUUCUCAUUUUUCUAUAAAACUUCAAUGAAAAGUAUACACUUUCUUGUACCAUUUUUUUUAGUGCUAUAUUCUAAUAGAUACAAGGCAGAUAUGGAUGCUAAAGCAUUAUCUUCAGCAAUUGCAAGAUUCUCUGCAAAGUUUCUAAAUGAACUUGACAAAACUAAGAGUGUAGUGUCGUCACCAUUAUCGGCUGAGUUUGUGUUAGCCUUAUUGGCUCUAGGUACUACUGAUAAAGCUCACGAUGAAUUGCUGACUACUCUUGGCAUUUCCGAUGAUGAUUCGAUUCGUUCGUCAUUUGCGUCAGUCUCAUCCAAGUUUAAAACAAUCAAGGGUGUAACAUUGGAUGUGGCUAAUAAAGUGUAUGUAAUGGAAGGUGGUUAUGAUCUGCAGCCACAGUUGAAGGAAGAUGCAGUUAAAGUUUUCGAUGCAGCAUUUGAAAAGGUUGACUUCUGUAAUUCAGCCCAUGCUGCAAACCUCAUUAACACUUGGGUUGAGGACAAGACUAAUAAGCGUAUUAAAGAUCUCAUCACAGCUGAUGAUUUGGAUUCUUACACUCGAUUGGUUCUUAUUAAUGCUAUAUACUUUAAGGGCACUUGGAAGAAUCAGUUCAAUAAAAGCAACACCAUGGAUCAGCCCUUCUACGUUACUGCUUCCACGACUAUUGAUGUGCCCAUGAUGUAUAAAGAAGAUAGUUUUAGAUACGGCAUUAGUGAGAAGUUGAAAGCCCAGCUGUUAGAAAUGCCGUACAUAGACAACGAAGCUAGUAUGCUCAUCGUUCUACCCGAAGAAAAGGAUGGGCUUGAUUCUAUGCUUCAGACGUUAGCCGACGGUCAUGAUCUUCUAGAAGACGUAGCGGCUAAUAUGUUUCACACCAAAGUUCAGGUCACCAUUCCAAAGUUCAAAAUCGAAACAGAAAUCGAUUUAGGAGUACUACUGCCCAAAAUGGGCAUCAAACAGAUUUUCAAUAAGGAUGACUCUGGUUUGACUAAAAUAUUGAAUGCCAACGAACCUCUGUACGUAUCGAAAGGCAUUCAAAAGGCUUUUAUCGAAGUCAAUGAGGAGGGUGCCGAGGCCGCCGCGGCUACUGCUAUGGCUGUGGCGAUGUGUUUAUCACUAGUUAUGGAACCGCCGACGCCCGUGUUUCAUGCUGAUCAUCCGUUUUUGGCUGUGAUCCUUGUCAACAAAGCUCCGGUCUUCUUUGCUGUGUAUCGAAGCGCUUAAAAUUCAAUAAGAUUAUAACUAUUCAUCAUAAGCUGCUCUCUAGUAAAAUUUAUUUAUUACCUUUGCAAUAAAAGAGUCUUUAUACUGAAUGCAAUUUUUAAAGUAUAAUGUUUUAUCUCGGAAAAUUGUUUUUGUCGCCGUACCCUGUUGCUCUUCAUGUAAAUAAAGUUUGAUAACGUAUAUCGGAAUAAAUCAUAUUUUUACUAGAUUUCGUAAGUAUAAGAUGGAUUUUGAGUCGCAAAAAAAACAACGAGUGUAGAUAAUAAUAUAUAUUUAUUGGACUUUCAAACCUUAGAUUAAAACACGGAGAGUAAAUUAAAAUUAUGUUAUUAAUAAAAACAAUUUAUUCAUGUGCUUUAACUUUCUGCCCGAGUGUUCAAGACUAGUCUCAAAUUCAUGGAAAUCAAGAUGGCGGAAUCACUGCUUGUUUGAAACAUACUUCAGCAACGCUUUCCAGUAGGUAUUCAUACUAUACAUAUUGUUUUAUAAUGUUCAUAUCUGCUUACUGAUGACCGAUCCAUCCAUGUCCAUGACGACACUGGCUGAAAGGUCCCUGUCACUUAAGCAGCGCUGCUUCCAAGGAACGGACUCAAAGAAGUCACACAUAUCGUCACAAUCUGCCGACCUGUACGCGGGGGCUUGGCCUGUGGUGCUUUGGUAGAUAUCAGGCAGUGAUCCGGUGAAGUGAAUCCUGAUGGGCUGAUCAACAGUCAUGCGUGAGCGGAGAUCCCUGCAUGGUCGGUUUUGGAGUAACUUAACCACAAAUUGUGGUGGGCAUUAAAGUCCCCCAAAAACACCAGUUCUGCAUUAAAAAAUUGUUCCUGCGCGUCAUCUGCUGCUCGACUAAGAUGUUCAAAAAGUCGAGUUGGAUCUGUAGAGGCACAUUUCAACUCGACGUGUACCCCCAGCAUAGAGAAGGAGGGAUCUUCCAAGCAUCGGAGACGGCGACACAGACAGCGUUGAAAGUCUGAGGGUGUGUGGUGCACGGCUGUACGUCGAAACUUAACAUAGGGGCUGCCAUGAUGGAGAUGAAACAGAGACGUGAAACUAGUGGACGUUGUCGCGACAGGACCGGGCAUAUUAGGGAGGUUUGUUUCCCCGGAUGACUGCCUACAGAGGAGAUGCACCGAACCGCUGGACGGAACAGUGUAACUUUUCAUAUACUAAAAGCAUAUUACAUAUAAGUAUCACAAAAACGCAUCCGAUACAUUAAAAGAAUAUCUGUGAAUUUCCAAAAAUUUUCAUGGUUCAACAAUUUAUCGAUUACAGAUUUUGUGCUUCAAUAAAUAUUACUUAUUCAAACUGAAUGCUACCGCUACUUAUCUAGUUAAAUAAUCUGUCUAAAACGAUUUUUGUGAUGAACAUGCUCCAGCUGCAUUGAUUUGUUUUAUUAACGCGCUUCAUGCAUUAAUACAAAAAUAAGUCCUAUUAGCUAGAUCAUAUACAGUAAUUAUCCGAAACUAUCAAGUUAUUCUGAUUAAUUUAUGAAUGAUAAGAUAGGUAGAAGGACGGCGAAUAUUUCGCUCGGAGCGGGCUCUUCUACCAAAUUUCACCAUAAAGAGAUAGAUAUUUUUCAUCUAUUUCUACUGGUAAGGAGUCUAGAGAAGCGUUGGUCACGGCUCAUUCGCGGCUGCAUCUAUCGUCGUUGAACGGUGCCCACCAAUAAGCUGCAACAUGCGCCGUACGUAUUGAUCAUUCUCAUUAAGUCCAAUGAAUAUUUGUGUAUGUGCAACUAAUUAGUUUCAAACUUCUGAGAAUAUCUAUUCUCAGUAGUUCUAUGCCAAUGAAAUCUGAAAGUGAUUUUGUCCAUAUCAAGCCCUUUGCCUCGGCAUUGGAGACAAAUAUAGAUUGUUGGUAAAUAGCAUUAAUAAUUACUUACCAUAUUAUAAUAGAUAAACUUCCGUGGUAAUAGUAAAGUUUGAUAAUGGAUAAUGUAAGCGCUGGUUAAUAUGGGUUUUUAAUCAGAAGAAAGGAAUUUUCUGGACUUACGUUGCACUCCUUGAUUUGCCUCCUUCUGGAGUAUUUGGGUUUUGCACGUGCCGGCACGGAACACUUUAGUUCGUUCGAGAUUCGUAAUGUAUCUUGCUCUUGGCUGCUGCACUUAUCACAUAACUGGAGUAAUGUCCAGUUUUUAAUUUUUGAGUCAUUAACUUGUAAUUUCUGGACAGACAUAACUAUUGUUAAACAGACAGACAGACAGGACAGACAUAACUAUUGUCGCAAAUAAAAUCUUCUCGGAACGUUACUAAGUUCCGUUUGCACAUGCAAACAUCAGAAUAUUCACCAAUGAGAUCACAGAAGAGAUGGAAGGGAGAGGGACGGUAUCAAACCAUCGCGCAAUAAAUAUAAUUCAACUACUUAGUUUUUAUCUAAAGAAAGGUUUACUAGAAAAAAAUCCACGCGGACC